AUGCGCCGCUGCGCAGGGUGGAUCAAUGGGCGGUGGGAGGAGUGGGACGCCCCCCUUGAGGCGGAGCCGCGGAGCGAGCCCUUCGAGAUUCGCGACGACUCUAGCUCCCAAACCGCUUCUGAUCCUGACAGUGUGGACGCACACAGCACAGCCAGCACCCUCGCAGACAACACGCUCAGCGUAGGCAAGGGCAACCACGACCUGGACACUAGCGACGUCAACAAGGGUGGGGGCUCCAAGGGCAAAACCGCAGGCAAGCUCUUCAGCAAGGGCAAGGUCAACGCGGCGACCAAGGGCAAAGGCACUGGCAGGGGGGUGAACAACUGCAAGCCUGACGAUGAGAACUACGGCAAGGGAAUCAGCAUGGGCGUGGACCACAACCUGGACUCCGUCAAGGGCGCAAGCAGCAAGGGCGGCAAGGGCAAGAACGCGGGCGUGGGCCACAACCAGGACUCCAUCGACGGCAAGACCGGCGCGGACCACGACCAGGCCAUCGGCAAGGGCAUCAGCAAGGGCAAGAUUUUGGGCGACAACCAGGACUCCAUCGAUGGAAAGGGCAAGGGCAUCAGCAAGGGCAAGAGUGUGGGCGAGGACCACAACCACAGCUCCAUCGAUGGCAAGGGCGUCGGCAAGACCAUCAACAAGGGCAAGAACAUGGGCUCGGACCAGGACUCAUCAUUUGAUGGGAGCACCAGGAAGGGCAAGAGCGCAAGCAAGGGCCACAACCAGGACUUCACCGAUGGCCAGGACGGCAAGGGCGCCAGCAAGGGCAUCAAGGGCAAGAACGUGGACCAAGACUCCUUCGAGGGCAAGGGCAAGGGCAUCAGCAAGGGCAAGACCGUGGGCGUGCACAACCAGGACUCCAUGGAUGGUAAGGGCUUCGGCAAGACUGUGGACUCCACCGAUGGCAAGGGCAAGGGCGUCAGCAAGGGCAAGACCGUGGGCGCGGACAACCAGGACUCCAUGGACGGAAAGGGCAUCGGCAAGACUGUGGACUCCAUCGACGGCAAGGGCAAGGGCGUCAGCAAGGGCAAGACCGUGGGCGUGCACAUGGAUGGUAAGGGAAAGCGCAACGGCAAGACUGUGGACUCCACGGACGGCAAGGGCAAGGGCGUCAACAAGGGCAAGACUGUGGGCGCAGACCACAACCAGGACUCCACCAACGACGAGGGUAAGGGCAUCAGUAAGGGCAAGACUGCGGGCGCGGACCACAACCAGCACUUCAUCGAUGGCACAAGCAAGGGCAACCAGGACUCCAUCAAUGGCAAGGGCGUCGGCAAGACCAUCAGCAAGGGCAAGAACAUGGGCGCGGACCACAACCAGGACUCCGAGAACGUGGAGACUGCGGAUCGCAAGGGCAUCAACAAGGGUGUCAGCAAGGGCGUUGGCAAGGGCAAGAGCUUGGGGAAGGACGACCACCACGACUCCGUCGGUGGCAACACGAGCAAGGGCAUCAGCAAGGGCAAGCGCGUGGGCAAGGGUGAGGGCAACGUGGAGCCCAACACACAGGACGCCGGCGACACGGCAAAGGGCAAGACAGACUACGACCGGGGCGCUCACUACAGCAAGGCCGCUGGGGGCAUCAGUGCCAUGGACGAGGGCAACAGCAAGGGCAAGAGCACGGGCAAGGGCAAAGAUGUAGGCAAGACCUGGAUGCACCGGGACAAGGACAAUGCGACCUUCAACUACAAUCACAACAACAAAGAGACCGAGACCGAGACCAAAGCGGACCACAUGGACAACGCGUGGCGCUACCAAGGUGUCCACAAGGUUGCGGGCAAGCCCGAGGCCAAGGAGAUGCCCCACCCGAACCCCAACAAUGAACCUGAAGUCAAGGCCAUGCCACGCGCACGCAAUAAGGCCGACGCCUUCAAGCACAACCACAUGCCUGAAGCGCCCUCUUCGGGCGACUCAACUUGGGGCGACUCAACUUGGGGCGAUUCAACUUGGGGCGAUUCAACUUGGGGCGCUACGCCCGCAUGGAGCCCGUCACAGGCCGAUGUUGAAGUUGUGUACAGCAUCACAGUCAAGCGGUUCCGACAUUCGCCGCAGGACUCAACACAGACACCGCCACCGCGGAAGCGUGCGUGGGAGGACAGUCAAUAG